AGAGCCUUGCUCCCCAAGUUCCUGGUCCGAGGACAUCUGAACUCAACCAACUGCGUCAUCACGCAGCCGCUCACGGGUGAGCUGGUGGUGGAGAGCUCGGAGGCCGCCGUCCGGAGCAUCGAGCUGCAGCUGGUCCGCGUGGAGACCUGUGGGUGUGCAGAAGGCUAUGCCCGGGACGCCACAGAGAUUCAGAACAUUCAGAUCGCCGACGGGGAUGUUUGCCGGGGCCUCUCGGUGCCCAUAUACAUGGUCUUCCCCCGGCUGUUCACCUGCCCCACGCUGGAGACCACCAACUUCAAAGUGGAAUUUGAGGUUAAUGUCGUGGUGCUGCUUCAGGGCGACCACCUCAUCACCGAGAACUUCCCGCUGAAGCUCUGCCGGAUGUAGCCAGAGGGAGGAUGUAGCCGGAGGGAGCACGGAGGUGAGGGGCGGGGCCCCUCCUGGAGCCGGAGCCGGAGCCACCGCAGGCCCAUCCUCAGGGAUUCUGGGGCAGAUGUGGACCUGACCCCUCGGAUCCGGUCACCUCCUUCCUCGUGUCCUCCACGCUCCUGCUCCCAGCGGCGCCUGGUCAGUCCUUUCCUUUGAAAGUCAUCGGGACUUCCCAGUGUUCUUGGCAAGAUCAUUUCCUGUGACUCCCGCCUUCCGGCUGCUCCUUAGGGACUGAGGACAUGUCUGACCACAGUGUGAGCUUCGCUGGAGUCAGGUCCUGGGGACCUCAGGGGCCAGGCCUGUCUGACCGGGUCGCGACGUGGCCGGGACUGCGAGCCCAGAGCCACUGCUGACAGGGACGGGGAGCUCCUGGCUGGUGGCGCCCGCAGAUGCGCUCCGGGGAGGGGUGCCGAGUGGCCUCCACUGCAGGUGUGGGCAUGUAUUCCGCGCUGCCCUGUGGUUCUCCCACAUUUUUCAUGAGAACUUUAAAGUGUUCUUGCUGUCA